GCGUUUUUCUGUGAGGUCUGUCUGAAGUAUGCGCCGUCUGCAUUGCGCUGAACUUCCUGACUUGUUUCUUCUUCAGUUGGAGUAAUUCAGCUCUAGCCCUACUCUGAGUCAAUCGUUCUAUUACUAAAACAACAAUGUAUUUGUUAUGACAUGAAAAAACAGUUUAUAGAGAGCAGUUCAAAAUGCUUCUAGUUCCCAGAAAGACAAUUACUGGAAUACUAGAAAAUAUUUCAGUGCAUUAAACUGUUGUUCUUUUUUUUUAAGUUAUUUCUUUAAAUGUAAGAGAGCUACCUUACAUGGUUUCUUUACCUGUCGAUUUUUUUUUUUUUCAGAUUACAACAGUAUCUGGAAAUGAAUUCCUUCUCCAGUCAGAUAUUGACUUCAUUAUAUUGGAUUGGUUCCAUGCUAUCAAAAAUGCAAUUGACAGAUUGCCAAAGGAUUCAAGUUGUUCAUCAAGAAACCUGGAAUUAUUCAAAAUCCAAAGAUCCUCAAGUACUGAAUUGCUAAGUCACUACGACAGUGAUAUAAAAGAACAGAGACCAGAGCACAGAAAAUCUUUAAUGUUCAGACUGCAUCAUAGUGCUUCCGAUACAAGUGACAAAAACCGAGUUAAAAGCAGAUUAAAGAAGUUCAUUACCCGGAGACCUUCCCUGAAAACUCUGCAAGAGAAAGGACUUAUUAAAGAUCAAAUUUUUGGCUCUCAUCUGCACACAGUGUGUGAACGUGAAAAUUCCACAGUUCCGUGGUUUGUAAAGCAAUGCAUUGAAGCUGUCGAAAAAAGAGGCCUAGAUGUUGAUGGAAUAUAUCGAGUUAGUGGCAAUCUGGCAACAAUACAGAAGUUAAGAUUUAUCGUCAACCAAGAAGAGAAGCUGAAUUUGGACGACAGCCAGUGGGAGGACAUCCACGUUGUCACCGGAGCACUGAAGAUGUUUUUCCGGGAGCUGCCUGAGCCUCUCUUCCCUUACAGUUUCUUUGAGCGGUUUGUGGAGGCAAUCAAAAAGCAAGACAAUAACACGAGAAUUGAAACUAUAAAGUCUCUUGUACAAAAACUCCCUCCACCAAAUCGUGACACCAUGAAAGUUCUCUUUGGACAUCUAACUAAGAUAGUGGCCAGAGCUUCUAAGAACCUGAUGUCCACACAAAGCUUAGGGAUUGUAUUCGGACCCACCCUUCUGCGAGCUGAAAAUGAGACAGGGAACAUGGCGGUCCACAUGGUCUACCAGAACCAGAUCGCUGAGCUCAUGCUGAGCGAGUACAGCAAGAUCUUCGGCUCGGAAGACUGACAGACAAGACACGUUACUGAAUAUGUUCACAUCUGUCUCCAUGCCUAAUAUUUUUACAUUUCUGUAAACAUAUUUCUGAAAUAUUUUUUUCCCUUCAAGUGACAGAUGCCUCGUUUUGUGAAAACUUAAUGAUGAUUUUGUGUUUAAGUUCCAAACAUUUGAAUAAAAUAAUUGACAAUA